GGGCACAAUGCUGGUGGUGGAGUUAAAAACCCAGAAAGAAGGUCCUGGGAAGAAAUAUGCACUGAAGCAGGUUGAAUGCAUUGAUGAACAACAAGCAAAUGAUGCCCUGAAGGAGUUAGCUCUUUAGAGCCAUGAACACAGCUUUGGGAGAGUGAGCUGAAUUCUGCUGCCGCUCAUACAUCAACAACUUAAUUUUUAAGCAAUGGAUCUGCUGGAACUUCAGCAUUCAAAUAUCUGCAUUUACAAAGAAAUGUUUAUCACCUGGGAUAAUAAGAUUUCAUCUCUGUUUCUUUGUCUGGUGAUGCAGCACUCAAACCAAGGAGAUCUUUCAUCUCUGAUCGGGGAAAAAAGGAAGAAAAGAGAGAAAGUAGAAGAUAGGGUGAUUCAGAGGUUCCUGGGGCAGAUGGUGGAUGCUUUGUUUUAUAUACACAAACAAAAUAUUUUUCACAGAAACCUCAAGCCAACUAACAUCCUUUUAACUGGUGAAGUAUCCUUCAUGCUUUGCGAUUUCAGUGUAGACACACUUAUGACUGAUGAAAUGAAAUGGAAGAUAAGAGUGGAAGAAGAUCCUGACUCUAAAUCCUGGAUGUCCCCUGAAGCACUCUGCUUUUCAUUUAGUGAGAAGUCUGACAUCUGGUCUUUAGGAUGUAUUCUACUUGAUAUGGUGACCUGCUUCUUUCUGAAAGAGAAAGACAUAAUUUCUUUACUGCGGGAUAUUAGAAAGGACACCAAUAGUCUUGAGAAAGUUCUGACCUUAAUGCAGAAAGGUAAUAAAGAUACCCUGCCUUUGUCUCCAAUUUUACUAAUGAUGCUACAGAUUCAGCCCACUGUGAGACCCUCAGCAAAGGAUCUGCUUGGUAUUCCAUACGUUAUGGAAUGUUUGGGUAUUGCUGGUUCCUCUUUAUCAAAACAGGAAAAAACUGUGCCUUCAGCAAUUUUAGAUGUGCUCCUUGAAGGAGGAAUUGGAAGUGUUUUAGAAUUUAUGCAGACUUACUGGGACAUACAGAAGGCUCAAGCAAAAGCCAUAAAGCGCCUUGCCAGCUUAGUAGGGGAUGAAAAUGGUGUGGCUUUAAUAUAUUUGCUAGAAUUGCUGGAUCCUAUCACUUGUGCAAUGAGGAAUCAUAUAAAUUCUCCAGAGCUACAAUUAGAUGGCUGCAGAUUAUUGCUUGACAUUAUUGGCCAAGUCCUGCAACAGAACACAGAUGUGGAGUUGCUAGUUGGUGAGGAAGUAAUCAUUUCUCUGUUAAAGACAAUGAGAACAUAUUCUGAAAAUGAAGAAUUGCUCUCAAUUAUCUGCACUUUACUGAUGAUGAUUUCAGCCAGUGAAAUGCCUGCAGAGGCACUGAGGAAAGCGGGAGUCAUCACAGAUGUUCUAUCAAUUAUAAGCACUUUUCCUCAUAACAGAGAGAUCUGCCUUUCUUGCUCUGGUAUUCUCUGGAGUUUGGCUGUAAAUGAAAGUAAUAUCGGGCAAGCAACACUAAAAAAUGCUGUCCAGAUUAUCAGCGGCGUCCUCCAAGAACACUAUGAGAAUGGAGAGGUGGUUGAGUCAGCUUGCUCGGCCCUCUGGGUUCUGAUACUUCAGGGCUGCUUAACUGAAAAUCAGUAUGAACCAACAACUCUGCUUCUGCUGGAUGCUCUCAGGAUGAACCCAGAAAGACCAGUGUUGGUGAAGAACGCCUGCUUGGCUUUGGCAAGUCUCUUAAGGAUCUCUGAGUUGCCUGCUUUCAGAUUUAUAGUAACAGAUACAAAGGGCAGUGGAAUAAGCAUGAUCAAAGACGUCUACCACUUUCAUGCUGAUGAUCCAGAAGUGGUGGAGAAUAUCUGUAUGCUGAUUAAUGAGAUGGCUCAGUAUGAUGACAUAGUGCUAGAGAUGAUCUCCCAGAAUAUGAAGGAGCUGCUGACUGAAAUGAAAGUCAAGUUUACAUCUAGUAUGGAGAUAAUGACCUUUGUGGAUUCAGCACUUUUGAAACUGCAGAAGUAAAGUCAAAACUGGACUAUAUAUGUACAAGACCUGAAGUUGCCUGAUUCAGGUAGAAAUGUUUGAAUCUUUCAGAAGUAUUUUAAAAAGAUUUUUCUCUCCAGCAGAUAUUGCCUGUAUUAUAUGACCUCAUCUGCUCAAACAUAUUCCAUUAUUGUAUUCUUUACAGCAAACCACUCUGACUACUGAGAGAAUGUUAUUCAGGGAACUUGCCUUACUUUGUGGAUUUUUAAAACGCAUGUACUAUAUAACAUUUUCUAAAAUGAAUAAAAAUCAUACUAUAGACUACAGUCUUGAAAUUGAGAGAUAUAUAUAUUUAGUGAGCUUUUGGACCAUGGGUUAUUCAUUUAGCGAAUAACAGCUUCUUCUCUGGAUUAGCUCUAACUCAGCAGUUCAUGAAUAGACCCACAAUUCCCUAUAAUGGAGUAUUCAAAGCUAUUAGUUUAUUAUGUCUAUAUUCCACAAGUUUGUGCGAAUUAAACUUAUUACAAGACUCUCAGUUUACAGAAUUUUGACCUCUUUCUUCCCGUUGUAGUUGCUAGCUAUAUAUAUA